AAGGAAAAAAACACAGCAACAAUGGCCCUGCCGGAAGAAAACCCCGUCUACUCGCCCUUCUUCGGAGUUAUGGGCGCAGCAGCUGCUAUCAUUUUCAGCGCUCUCGGUGCUGCCUAUGGUACGGCCAAGUCUGGCACAGGUAUUGCCGCCAUGUCGGUGAUGCGUCCGGAGUUGAUCAUGAAGUCCAUCAUUCCCGUUGUCAUGGCGGGUAUCAUUGCCAUCUACGGUCUGGUCGUGGCAGUUCUGAUCGCCGGUUCCCUGGAUGAGCCAUCGAAAUACUCGCUGUACAAGGGCUUCAUUCAUCUCGGCGCUGGUUUGGCCGUCGGUUUCUCGGGAUUGGCUGCCGGUUUCGCCAUCGGUAUCGUCGGUGAUGCUGGUGUCCGUGGUACUGCCCAGCAGCCGCGACUGUUCGUCGGUAUGAUUUUGAUCCUCAUUUUCGCCGAAGUGUUGGGUCUGUACGGUCUUAUCGUCGCCAUCUACCUGUACACGAAAUAAAUUAGCAC